UUCAAGGAAGCAGCAGCAGCUGGACAGUCGCGUUUUUACUGAUGGAGGCAUCUCAGUGAUCUUUGGGAGCACAGAGCCCAUGCUUUCUCAUCUUCGUGCUGCCAUACCAACCCUAUUUAUAGUGUGGAUCGCCAUGGCCCAGGUAGCUGGCCAGGAGGACAAAGAGAAAACUACUGCACUGAAAGAUUUGCUGUCAAGAAUAGACUUAGAUGAACUAAUGAAGAAAGAUGAGCCUCCUUUCACUUUCCCCAAAACACUGGAGGAGUUUGAAUAUGCCUUCAAUGAAUAUCGGCAGCUCAGACAUAUAAAGACAGGGGAACCCUUUGUAUUCAAUGCCAGAGAGGAUCUACACCGCUGGAACCAGAAACGUUAUGAAGCUCUUGGAGAGAUCAUCACUCAGUAUGUUUAUGAGCUGUUGGAGAAAAAGUGCAACAUGACUAAAGCAAUCCUGCCAGUAGACCCCACAGACGAUGAGCCAACCAGUUUUAUUUACCUGAGCCCUGAUGCCUUGUCCAACCCAUCCAAGCUGCUGGUGCUGAUCCAGGGCAGCGGUGUGGUGCGGGCUGGUCAGUGGGCCCGCAGACUCAUCAUCAACCAGGACCUGGACUCAGGGACACAGAUUUCCUUCAUCACCAGAGCCAUGGAGGAGGGCUACAGCGUGAUGGUGCUCAACCCUAACGAGAACUACCUAGAAGUGGAGAAACCGUCCAAGUCCUCUCCUCUACCCUCUCCGACCGAUCCCUUGGAUGAACCAGCUGAAAAGAGAGAACGCAAAGAUGACAAAGAGGGCAAGAAGAAGAGAGAAUUUUAUGAGAAGUACCGCAACCCUCAGAAGGAGACAGAGACUGAACGGAUCCCUAUACGGGAAAAUGGUUCUUCUGAGGAACACGUGCUGUACGUGUGGGACCACUUUGUGUCCAAAGCCGCAGCCAAGAAUGUCUUCAUCGUGGCCCACAGCUAUGGAGGGCUGUCUUUCGUUGAGCUGAUGAAUCAGAGGGAAAUGCAGGUGAAGAACAGAUUAUGUGCUGUGGCUCUGACUGACUCGGCUCACAACAUCUGGCUUCAGGAGACCAGCAAAGGCACACAGGAUUGGAUGCAGCAGCACUGUUGUAACUGGGUAUCGAGUCCAGAGCCCCUUGACACACCACUGGAUCCCAUGCUACCAGACUGCCCCCGCGUCUCUGCAGGUACAGAGAGGCAUGAGUUGACUUCCUGGAUGAGUUUUCAACUCCAUCUUCAGUUUCUUCAGUGAUGUCCCUGGCAGCAAAAAGAGGAAUGAGGAGGCAGAGGAGACCUCCAACAUUGUCACCACACGCAGCAGCUCCCUCAAAAACAAACACCAAGAUUUGUAGAGGACCAACAACAAUGACUUGGAACAAGUGGAUAGGGAGGGGGGAUCAGAUGGGGGAGCUAGGGGGAGCUACAGAAAGGGAGGCCAAGGUUUCAGCUCCCUUCUGCUAUUUUUUCUCUUUUAUUCUCUCCCUCCCUCUGGUAACCUCCAUCUUUCUUUUCCCUGAGUGUCAUUUCUCCCUUCCGGCCCUCCUUGGCUCGUGUGCGCACUCAUAGCCUUGUUGUUGUAAGAGACAAGAGAGUACAGGGUCACCAUGUAUACAUCACAAUAACGUUUUGCAUUACUUCUAGAUGAGCGCAACUGUCAAAGCAAUAUGGGCCUGAGUGUUAGCGCUUCCCGUGGGCUGUGGGGCCUGGCUGCGGGGUACGGGCCACAGCAGCAGAGAUUAAGGCUGACAGGCGCUGUGCACAAUGCGCUGUGGUGCACCUCUAAUUGUCCCUGACAUCAGCCUGAACUGAGCUAAUGCCCCCGCCUGCCCUCCAGUCUGCACUGCUAAGGUCUCUCCCCUUCUCUCCCCUCUUUCUCGCUGGUCCUAAAGCCUGGGCCACUGAAGUCAUGCUGUAUGGUAUCUUCUGCUAACCAUUAGAUAUCGUUUGAACCUGGUCAGUGCCCAUCUCCUUUUUUUUUUUUUUUAGCCCACUUACCUCUUUUUUUUUUCCUUUUUUUUUCCUUUUUUUUUUUUUUUUACAAAAGUGAACAUGUACUCAUAACUGGUCAUCAUUUGCUUUGUUUUAAACAAAGGGUGUUUCUAUAACUUUCUGUAAUUCUCCACUGCAUAUGCAGUUUACUUUUAAACUUUUCUCAUUCACCUUUGUGUAAAAUAUGGUUCCAGCAUGUGCCAUAUAUUUCUGGGUUUGCAAUGCUUAUAAUAAGAGAGAUCUUUUUCUAAUUUCUCAGCUUUGAGCUAAAUUUGAAUGCAUUGUUUCAUACACAUGACUACACAUGACACUAUUGUAUUUUUAAUAUUACGCCAAUACUCCUCAGUGCUGUAAAUGUUUACUCUUGAAUAUCCCUGGGUUUGAUUUGCAAAAAUUGUGGAGAGUCCAGCUUUAUAUGUUUAUUAUAUAUUUUUUUCUUUCUUUUGAUAUCCUUGAAAUUGAUGUCUCCAGAUGAUUGAAUGUCAUAAAACAAAUAAAACAAACACAACCUGUGCUGAAUAUGGAAAAUCCAGGACACAGAGCAUAUUUAAAAUCACUUAAAGUCAAGCAUCAGAAUGGGUUUUGAGGGAUAUCUCAUUUUAACAGGAGCCAGAAGUCAGCUCACAACACUCAUAAAGCCUCAAUAUAUCGCCUUACACAUGUCAGGAAAUCCAAGAUUUCAAUAUUAUUCUAAGCCUGAAUGAUAUUUCCUAAGAUGUUGGAGAAAUGUAACAUAUCUAUUUUUCCCCUUUUUUCCUUCCACUGAAGUACUUUUCUUGUGUACUUAGAAGUGACAAAGUCAGCUCCUUUCUCAGCUGCACGUAAUCUGACUAUGUGACACAAACAUGAUAAAAAAAAUUUCCAUAAGGCUGGUGUGUUUUAUAAACCACUCAAGGCUUAAUGGAAUACAUUUCUAAUUGUGUCAUGACAUUAGUAAAAACCUCAAACCGGAUUCUAAAUCUUAUGAUACCUUAGACACGUUCUCAAAUAUGUACAUUUCUUUUUUUUCCACUUCAAAUAGUUACCAUUGUUUAACUUUUACACUGUGAAAUCCUGCCUCUCCUCUCACUGUGUGCAUGGUUUAAGGCUUUUGUGGAUUAUCUUUCUGCUGUAAUGAGACAACCUGUAGCUGAUGGGUUGCAGGCCUAAUUUCCUUUUAAUUUGAUUCAGAUCUCUCCAGGUUUUCAGCAAAGAAGUUGGCUUAUUAUUUGAUUUGAUGAUUUUCGUUUCAAGAUACCAUUGCUCAUCUUCCUGCUUUUCAGCCACAAUCAGUUCAUUUUUCAUUCUAUAAUUUUGUAUAUUGUUGCCUUAGGAAUAAACAAGACUCUGCUCACUGUUUUUAAUACUAUCCAGCAAGCCAUAUAUGAAUGGAACUUAAGAUGUAAGAGCAGCCUAAAUCCAAAGCGCCAGUCUGCAAAUGAAAGGGGGACUAAUUUUACUCUUGAAGAUAUUAUUUUUUUGCAGAUGGUUUAUAUGUUGUAUUGGUUUAAGAAACACCGCCCAUUGUGUUUUUACCGCACCACAAGCCGUUUGCAUUUUAUGGAAUCGCAAGUGUCCUGCAGGUCACACAUUUUUCUUUAACUCUCAGAUGUCUGUCUCUUUUUCUUUUGAACCAUGUUGGCUUUAAUUGACUGUCUUUAAAGUAAUUCUAAAGUUUUUUUCAACACAGUUAUGACUUUUUAUUUUACAUAAUUGAUUCAUUUUGUAAUUAACCUGUAAAGGCCUGUCGAAAGCAAAUAAAUGAAAUUUUGCACCUUUUUUUCUUUAUUUUUUUUAAGCUGUCAAUAUUUUACUGUUUCAUCAUUGAUUUUCAUAACAUUUUGUUUUAUUUUUUUCUAUUUAUCUUCUCUGUUUUUUAUUGCAAAUUGUUAUUUUUAACGGAUGCCACUGCAGAAUAACGCGCAUUAUAAAUGUGUUAACAAAUAAAUCAGUCAGGAACGAAUGUAAAGAGAGACAGAGAGGUGCCCUGAAGUGUAAAGUGAGUGCAGAGGGGACGAGAAAAUUCGAGCAGCAAGUGAAAAAAUGACCUGAGUCAUCAUCUCACAUAACCGAAGACCACCUAACGUCUGUUUGCUGUUAGUGGAGUGCCUUUUUAUCAAGUUUCUAAACCUAAAUGUUUACCUUAAUUCAGCGCUGCUUUUUUAAGUGAAGCUGUCGAUAAAAGUUUGCAUUUUUCUACAGGUCAGUGUUGUAAGACGUGUCAAAAGGAAAACAAAACAUAAACAGUAAUUCCCCCUUUUUUUUGGUCAUUAAUUUUGGCAAAGUUGAGCCCCCCCUCCAUCCCGGCGAGGUUUUACAGCAUCAUUUGUUUUCACACGGUGAAAACCGAUCAGGUCAUUAAACGCCCCCUCAAUAAAUCUUUAGAAAUCUUUUCCAUUAACCCCCGAACAACAAGUGGAACCAGGCGAGUCCCCCUCGCACACGUGUCAGGCCGCUGAUUAAAGAGGGGCAUUCAAACACACACAACACACACACAGGCAGAAUCAUAAGUGAAUUACUCACCUUUUCUGUCUUUAAAAAAAAUAGUUUAAAAAACAUCAUAGGGGCAUCACUGGUAAAUUUUAAUUUAGCAAUUCGCGGAUAAACCUAUCUAUCUAUCUAUCUAUCUAUCUAUCUAUCUAUCUAUCUAUCUAUCUAUCUAUCUAUCUAUCUAUCUAUCUAUCUAUCCAUCCAUCCAUCCAUCCAUCCAUCUAUCCAUCUAUCUAUUUUAUUAAAUAACCUUACUUGCCUCCUAUCCCAACCAAUAAUGAAGUGGUAAAAAGGAAAAGUCUGACCUCCCGUCAAGUGAUCAUCAAAGGAAGUCAACUAAUACGGCACAAUUCGAGUAAGAUUAAUUUAGAGAAAGAUUAAGAUAUUAUACGGCAACACUAAAUUUUGUUAAGUGCGUCUAUUCUAUUUACAGCCGGCUCACAAUGCAAAUAAAACUUUUCAACCAGGCAUCAGUGAGCCAGUUUUUCAUAAUUUGGCUUUAAUGAACUCUAUAAAUAAAUAGAAACUCUCCAGUUCACCCCUGAAAGUCAUUUUGUAAGUGUCCUGUAUUCUCAGAUGAAUCACUCAUGCGUCUCUUUACUUCUGAAGAACAGCAGUGCGACUAUCUCAGUGGCUUCUGUACGAGAAAUUGUCCAACUCGCCUGUUUUUUUUUUUACUCGCAAGAAGGUUAGCACAGCGUGUCAAUUUAUAAUAGGUAUGACUGAUUUGAUUAUAGGUUUCACUCUCCCAGCUAUUGUCGUCAACUCACGGUACAGACAGUUUACAGGCAGCUCCACACUGAAUCAUAUCUACAGCACAAAAUAACAAACAGCUGGAGCUUUAGGAUGAAAUCCUGCCAAAUGGGGGGGUCCCUUCUGUAAUGUCAGAUUUUGAGGGGGGCUGGCCGGGUUGGGGGUGGGUGGGGUCCUUGACAUGAAAAAGUUGGGGAACCCCUGUGCUGCCACAAGCCUGAAGAUAUUUCAAUUUUUUACUUUAAGGGCUGUUACGCUUGGUUGCUCUGGCCCACUCUGAUAUGCACGCCAUCCCCUGCAAAAGAUGAACUCUUUCCAAAAAGAACCAGGCAUUAGGCAAAGUUGGAAUGUCACCCCCUCUGACAGCCCCCCCACCCCCGAGA